AAAACAUACUGUACGUUCCAAAACAUUCCUUCUGAGGUGGAGACGGAAACAUGACAAUGUUUGUCCAAUAGAGGAGGCUUGACCAGCAGGAGCAUAUAAAUUCAAGUAGGUUUAGUCAGCAAACCAGACUCAAAUAUCAACCACAUCAAGUGUAACAGCAGAUUACUGGUGUGUCCUGAACAGCAACUUUUUUACAAAAUGUUGCAUCUUUUUCUGAUUCUCUCUGGAGUUACAUUGGGCAUGGCCAUGCCUUUACCGGAUUACUACUCAUACUCCACGGCUGUUGGGGACGGCAGUGGAACUGAAUAUUCCACUGAAUAUGAUGGUCGCGUCACUGGUAUCAGAGUGUGGGAACACAGUAACGCGUACAUUCGUGGAAUACAGCUGCGUUAUGAUGGUAACUGGACAACCACAGUUUGUACAAGCUAUGGCAAUCCACUGGAGAUGAAACUUCGUGACAAUGAAUCCUUUAUUCAGGUUUCUGGAAAAUAUUACUAUGGCUACAUCUAUGAGAUUAUGUUUGUCACUAGUCGAGGCCGCUCUUUAAAAGUAGGGCUGUCCUAUGGAAACUCAUUUAACUUCUACCCAACCAAUGAUGGAAGUCAGCUACGUUUUCUCAGUGGUCGACAGAAUGGAAAUGGCAUUACUUCCAUUGGGGCUCACUGGGCUGUCUACUAACACCAGUGACAACAGUGUAACAGCUUAAGAUCAUAUUAGCUCAGUUCAACCCCCUUUACUUUCUUUCUGCCAGCAUUAAAGAAAAAGCUACAAAAACUUGUUUUAUCGGUUCUGAUUUUUUAAUAGACUAGCUUCUUGUGGUUAAUACUUAAAUAAUUGCUAUGGGUUUUUUGUUUGUUUGAUUGUUUUAGACUAUUUUGUUUAAAACUUAUAGCAUUUUCCAUUGCAUUAACAUACCAUAUGAUUGACAUUAUAUUAAUUAUCUAACUUUUUUAUAAUUCUUCAAUAAUGACACUUUUUGUAUGGGUUUACUUUCCUUAAAAUAAACAAAUUUAAACA